UGUUCAACCGUCAAAUUCAAUGUUGAAUUUGUCAAAAAUUUCUCCAAAUCAACCAGAAAAAGAGUGUUGUGCAAGAUUGUUAAAUUCAUUAAAAGUAAACACUAAGUCAGUUUGUGAAAAAACUUUUAAAAGUAAAGUAUUAUGGAAAAAGGAAAGACAGUUUCGAGUAACAGGUUCAAGAUGUUAUGCCCUCUACACGUAUACAAAAAAUAAGACAGCAAAUUGGGAGCAAAAAUCACAGCAAUAUUUUUAUCCAAAGGCGUUUAAAAAAACAGCGGCCAUGAAGCACGGCAUUAAAUAUGAAUCAUCAGCAAGAACUGCCUAUGAAGAUUACACUGGCGUUAAAGUUAAAGAAAUAGGCCUAGUUGUACCAGAAAUAAAUCCUUGGCUAGGAUAUAGUCCAGACGGUGUGACUUUAGAUGAGAAUGGAAAACCUAACAAAUUAAUCGAAAUUAAGUGUCCAUUCGCUGGCAAAACGAAAACUAUAUCAAAUGUGGUUCAAUCUCUUAAUUAUUUAAAUAAAAAUUUAACAUUAAAAAAAAAAGCAACUAUUUUGCACAGAUUCAGCUUAGAAUGGCAAUCUUGAAUGUAGAAAUAACCGACUUUAUUAUAUAUGCAUCUAUCGACAAUAGUUUUCGUAUUCUAACAGUUGAAUUUG